UCAGCAGCAGAAUACGUGAAGUCUCGCCUGCCUGAAGUCCUGAAACAGCACCUUCAAGACUAUGAGAAGGACAAGGAGAACAGUGUGUUGUCUUACCAAACCAUCCUGGAGCAGCAGAUCCUGUCCAUCGAUCGGGAAAUGCUGGAAAAGCUGACUGUAUCCUACGAUGAAGCAGGUACAACUUGUUUGAUUGCACUGUUGUCUGACAAGGAGCUCACCGUGGCCAACGUUGGUGACUCACGAGGAGUGUUGUGUGACAAGGAUGGCAAUGCCAUCCCCCUGUCACAUGACCACAAGCCCUAUCAGCUGAAAGAGAGGAAGAGGAUUAAGAGAGCUGGUGGUUUCAUCAGCUUCAACGGCUCGUGGCGUGUUCAGGGCAUCCUGGCCAUGUCCCGUUCCUUGGGAGAUUACCCCCUGAAGAACCUCAACGUGGUCAUCCCUGACCCUGACAUCCUCACCUUUGACCUGGACAAACUGCAGCCAGAGUUCAUGAUCCUGGCCUCAGAUGGGCUGUGGGAUGCCUUCAGCAACGAGGAGGCCGUGAGGUUCAUCAAGGAGCGCUUGGAUGAGCCGCACUUUGGAGCAAAGAGCAUAGUGCUACAGUCCUUCUACAGAGGGUGUCCUGACAACAUCACAGUGAUGGUGGUGAAGUUCAGGAAUAGCAGCAAAACAGAAGAGCAGUAG